GGCCUCUCCCCAACACUGGAGAUCCUUAUUGGUCGAUGAUGGGCAAUCCUGUCUCUAUCUACCGCCAUCACGACAUGCAUGACAAUUCCAGUGCUCAUCAACCAUCGGAAGGCGUCUCGAGCAGUGUAGAUACGGUGUUGCUUCGGGAAGAUGCUUCGUCUGGCCCCCCCAACCCAAUCCGACGCUUCUACGGCCGCGCUUUUGCCACCGGCCCCCCAAUAUACGUGUAGACCGACGCGAAUUGAUAAAGCACAGACACACCUACAAGCAUCGCCACUUCGAGAUCUUGGAGAUUGGGAAUUUCCAUGUGCCACAACACGCAACGUCUUCAGUGCCCACCCCUGUGUCGAGCCUCAUCUCCAAGCCUCAUCCGUCGCCGCAUCAACAAUCGUGUCAAACAUGUCUUCACGUCUCUCCCACAUGCAGUGUCCAUCAUUCCCCGACGCGGUAGAGAGCCCCUCAAGCAGAGGAUUCAACCCUUUCAGGGACCGCCAGCAGCGCGUCCCCCCACUUUUCCAUUGUUUCCGGCUCCGCGCUAAACUCCAUCGAGGAGGCGCGAAGGCUGUCGCACCCCCAAAAAUACUCGUGGCCGUGUGUCCGCCACUGGUUGAGCGCAAGCUCCUCCACACGAAACGCGCCGCAGCCUUUGGCUGGCUCGUCGCUAGAGCAUUCGGCCUGCAGGAUCUUGCAUGCACGCCGGAUGCACGCUCGGCAGGCUGGGCGAUCUUCUCCGCGUUUCGUGAGAGAUCUCGCCACCCGAGCUUGUAAGCGCUUGCUGCUGCUGGAAUGUGGCAGGCAGCCGGC